AUGUCUACCUCCUCAGUUCAGAUGAAAGUCGUAACAGCGGUCGACGGGGCAACAAUCCUGAUGCUGAACGGGUACGCCUUCACGAACCCGUCGCCGAUGUCCAACGGGGAGCGCUGGUACUGCUCCGGAAGGAUACGAUGGAAGUGCACAGUCUGUUUGCACGUCAACGAUGACUACGAGCUGGUUUGCAUAUCACACGAACACUCCCACGACCCGCCUGUUUUAGAAAUCACUGCUGGCGAGAAAUUGAUAACACUGGCCUUUGGGAAGAAGUUUCUAAUGUGGAAAGGCUACACCUUCAGCGGGCCACAACCUUUGAAACAUGUUGUUUUAUGGAAGUGUACAGCCAGAGGGGCCAUUCGCUGCAAAAAGGAAAAAUUUGCAAAAAUUAUCUGCAUUUUUAUUUUUUCACUAUUCAUAAUAUUUCUACGGGCUUCUUUUCCAAGGCCGAAAGUGAGAGGUUUAUCUUACGAGUUCAUCCCUUCAGCGAGAGGAAAGCAGAAUCUCAUACUCUUGAAGAAUUACACGUUUAGAAAAAUUAACAACGACUUCAGAUACUGGUAUUGUACAGAGAAAUUCUCUCACAAAUGUAACGCUAAACUAAAGUUACACGAAAAAGAAAUAAUACGUUCCUCCCUCGAACACAACCAUGAUGCGCCGAAAUAUUAUAAGACUGCCAAUGAUACAGAGUACGAAUAUUAUGAAAUACUCGAAGAUGACGAGAAAGAGGACGUGGCAAUGUUUAUCAAGUCAAGAAAGGGCAAAAUUAUAUUGGUAUACGACGGCUACAGGUAUAGGAAAGCCUACAGAACCAAAAAUGGAGUACGUUGGGCCUGCUCGUCGAAGAAGGAUUGUACAGCCUUCGUGUACUUGAACGAUAAUGACGAGAUUCUGAUGACUUCCAAGCAGCACGACCAUCCCCGCCCAGGCGCUCUCAAGACAUCUAACAAAACCCCUACUGGUAGUGAUACAGCAGUCAUCAUCACCUCACGAAAAGGGAAGGAAAUGCUGCUGUUCCAUACCUUCACGUAUCGCAAACAGUACAUCACAGCCCAAAAGGUUAGAUGGGUUUGCUCCACCAAGAAGAAUUGCCACGCUGUCGUGUUCACGGACACCAAUAACUUGAUAACGUCCGCUUUCGAGGAGCACACCCACGAUCCUCCGAAGUACUACCUUGACCCUGACCAUGUUUUAAGAGCUAUCAGACAACCUGUCUUCUUAGAAUCUGAAUAAAGUGCUCCAUAUUUAAUAACACCUCUCCACUUUUUCGUCGGGGAAUAAAAACUCUUUAUGCACUGCAUCCGAUCCGAAUCCGAGAAUUCUCGAUCCGAAGUAGCCAUAGUACACUGUUUGUAUGAUGAGUUGCGCACUAGAUCCGAAUUUCAGUUUCCGAAGCUGUGAAUUACUUCAAUUCGGAACUUUGUUUACGGGCCGAACUCACCACAUUUUGUUUGUAUAACGCUAGCCAGAAACAUCUGUUGAAACGGUCUCCGAAUUCGCAUCGAGAUUUCUAGAUCUGAAUUUUCUCGGAUUCGGAUCGGAUGGAAAGCGUAAAGAGCCCAACUCACUGUUUUUAUUAUUCUUUUUAAAUGCCAUUAGUUUCGGCACCUUUCAAGCCUCAAUAGCUCAACGGUUGAGGAGCGGACUGAAUUCCGAAAGGUCGGCGGUUCAAACCCCACCCGUUGCACUAUUGUCGUACUCACUCCUGGCACAAGCUUUACGCUUAGUUGGGAAAGGGGAGCAUUAGUCAUGAAUUAGCAUGACUAAUAUUCUUUUUAAAAAUAAAAGAGAAAGAAAAGAAAGAACCUGCUAGCUUGCCUCGUGUAUGUCUUCUGGCAUAUCAUCUUCUUCUAUGCCAUUUCCUAUUGUUGGUUAGCAACUAUUAAGGCUACUUAACCUAACCUAACUGGAUUUUCCUUACCGUUGUACUAAACAGUGACCAAGCUAAAAAGUCAAACCAUGAGAAUCGCGUGGCAAGAUUCCACACGAAGGAAAGAUUCCACAUCGACCUUUAGAAAGACAAUUCAGCUUCGUAGAGCGUUGUUUCUGUCCUACUCGUGUGAAGUUUUGUCGGUCUCAACGACAGAGACAGCGCUCUACGAAUAUGAAAGCGUUAUCUCUUUCUAAAGUUCGAAGUGCAAUCUUUACUGUCAGGUACACUAUACAUUUCUAUUUGAGUACCCCCAUUUUCAUGCGAUAAGAUUUUCAAGCGGAAAAUUCGUGGGUUGACCCUCGUGUAUUGAAUUGUGAAGUCAUGAACCAAGUACCUACUCGUAGUAUAGUUAAGUACUCUUCCUAAAACAAUUCUCUGCCAGUAGGAAUAGGCUUUCCACAUUAUUGGACUCACUUCAAUCAAUAUACUUAUUGCCUAGAAAUUAACGCUUUAGCUUCAA